CACAGCUUUGCUUUCAUCUGUAUCAAAACACAUACUUGGUGUCGGCAAUGAUGUUCUUCAUAUGUAUAGUAACAGUCAUUCAGUUUGCAUUUGGUCAGCUUGCUGGACUUUAUGCUCCAACGAAUGUGACUUUUAAAUGGGACAAUCAGAUGCUUUUUAUUAUGACAAGUUACCCAGAAUUUAAAAACACAAAGACGAAAUUAAAAUAUCAUUGCUUCCAACUUAACAUGCAGAUCAAAAGCAGCUCUGCAAUCAAAUGGGAGGAUCCAUGGAUGCUACCAGACUGUAUGAAUUCAGAAUCAUUUUUCUGUUCCAUUUUGAACCCAAGUUUUGACCCUGAAAAAUGCUACCUAAUAAGAUUGCAAUUUGAAGUAUUAGGCAUGUGUUCCUUUGAGCAAGUUCAGCAAAGUGACUGGGGCCAGGUGAUAUUCUCAAGGAAUGGUACUUUGUUAGACUCCUGCCCUGUGGAACAUGUAUCAAACAGACUGAUUGUUUUACUUGCCAUUAUCCUGCCACUGGUAAUCUGUGUCAUAGCUUUGCUGCCAUGUAUAAUUAAAAGGAUAAAAAAAAGGGUGUUUCCUAUAGUACCUGAUCCAAAACAUAAGUUCAUUGGACUCUUUGAGGACCACAGUGGAAAUUUCCAGCAAUGGGUGAAAAAGGUAAAUGAUGAAAUGCAUACCGAUGCCUUAGACGAGAAAGAAAAAGAAGAAAAAAAAGAAGAAGAAAAAGAAGAAGAAGAAGAGCAACUGAUUGUGGAAAAAUGGGAGACUGAAAAUGAUGUUCAGUUGAAAGAAACUGAAGCUUGGCAAGAGAUUCCUUACAGUGAAGAAGAACAAACUGAAAACAUAACUCAGACACCAUCUGAUAAUGUCCCUGAUAUUCCAGAUAUCUGCAUAGCACAUUUAACAUCUCCUAUGAAUGAUAGCAUGUAUAUAAUGCUUUGACUUAGCUUGAAUUUUAAAAAUGUUUUGCUCAGACAUUUUUUUUACAAAGAGAAGCAGAAUUGUUAUACAGCAUGCUUUUUGUGGGAAACAGGGAGGAUAACCAAAAACCUUUUAAGGAAACAGCAGAACCUAAAUGACACAAGAGCAUAUAGUGAAGUUAGAACAAUGAUGGGCAACCUCAACUUUCUGUUUUUUGACCCAUCAUUGCUUGAAUUUUUCAUGGUACAGGACUUGUUAAACAUGUGCUGAGCAUGCCGCAAUUGAUUUGGAAAUGUAAUCAUGAUAGACGGUAUAGCCAAAAGAGAUUAUCAUACUAAAUAAACAAUGUAAAUACUCAAGGGCUCACUUACAUAAACUGUGCUAAAUUGUGCUAAGUGCAUAAAAUAGUAACAAACUGUGUUUGCUCAGAAUGUAGCAUUUAUAGCCCACCAUUUAAAGGGCAACACAUGGUAAACAAGUUGCAACCUAGAAAACCUGUGGUCAAAAAGCCCUGUCCUACUGCCCUCUCAGGGUAAGUGGCAAGUACAGGGCUUAUUUGUGUCCAGUGCCAAACCUUGCACCCAUUAUCAUGCCUAAUGCUUAUGUCUACCCUAUGGUAAAUCAAGCCCUUUUACAUUAAGAAAACAUUGUGGCUUAAUGCCUCUCUAACAAAAGGGGAAUAUCAUGCCUACAACACCACUGCCUUGACCUAAUGCCUGUGUGGUUUUUGCCAUUAAAUGGGUUAGGAAUAAAUGUGAAGAUAAUCUCAGGAUUCAAAUCUGAAUUAUAUCACAUUCUGCUUGCCACCCCCAUUCGAUGCUGAAGUAUGUUUGGGGUAUCUCAUCUAUACUGCAAAAUGAAUAUGAAUGUAUGAAUAUCAGACACGCAAUGAAUGCAGCUUAAACUUUAUAAUGUAUUCUGCCUGCUGGUUUACUACAUAAAAUAUAUACAGGGACAUGUAUGAAGCAGCAGAAGAAAUUAAACCUGUUAUGAAACUU